CCGAGCCGGGAGGGGGGCUCUCCCCCCCUCCAUUAUUAUCGCCCUCCUCCUCCUCCUCCUCAUUAUUUUGGGGAGGGAGGGGAGCUGCUUUUGCUUUUGCUUUUUUUUAAGCGCCCCCCCCCGAGCAUUCACGGAGGCGUUCGCGGCGCUGCAACUUCCCGGAGCUCUGGGUGGGGAGGGGAGGCAGCGAUUGUUGUGCCCCCCGCCCCACUCCUCUCUGUACCCGCCCCUCUCUCUUUCCACCCCCCGCCGGCAAGGGAUGGCAAACUUCAGCUGCUCGGCUGCUACCUCGUCUUGGAAGAAGCUCUUAAAGUCCUGCUAAACAAAGAUCAGGGCAAAUGUCAUAGGAUGAACCCUGCUGGACUCCUCUUACUGUCUGUGAUAUUGUGUCGCUUGUGGCUCUCCCGGGGCUUCGACCCAGCUCCCAGCGCCUGCUCCGCCUUGGCCUCCGGGGUUCUCUACGGCUCCUUCUCGCUGAAGGACCUCUUCCCCACGGUCUCCACCGGCUGCUCGUGGACCCUGGAGAACCCGGACCCGACCAAGUACUCCCUCUAUCUCAAGUUCAACCGGGAGGAGCAAGUCUGCACCCACUACUCGCCCAUGGUUCUGCCGCUGGAUCAUUACCUCUCCAAUGACACCUGCAGCCAGCCAGAGGUGACGGCCCUGCCCCAGGAGGAGGAAGAGCGAGAGGCAGCGGAGGACGGCGAGGGCAGGCUGGAGCUUUGCCAAGGGGGAGGCCCCUUCGCCUUUUUCCAUUUCGACAAGAACUUUGUGCAGCUGUGCCUGGCCGAGGAGCCGGAGGCGGCCACCCGCCUGCUGCCCCCGGAGGCGGUGGAGUUCCGUUUCGUGGAGGUCCUCCUGAUCAACAACAACAACUCCAGCCAGUUCACCUGCAGCGUCUUGUGCCGCUGGCUGGAGGAGUGUCUCCGUCUGGGCACCGGCCAGCCCUGUGGCCUCUCGCAGACGGGCUGCACCUGCCAGAUCCCACAAGCUCUGCCGGCGCCCCCGCAGCCCAACCAGACGCUCUCCGACGCCCUGACGCCACCUGCGACCAGCAGCAGCAGUGAGUGCUGCGUGACCGAAUUGCAUUCUGGGAAUGCGAAUGAUGUAGACUCUCCAGAGAUUAAAUACGGGGAUGGCGCGCAGGAGGAUCAGAAGGUGAAGACUCAGUGGCCACGAUCGGCAGAUGAGCCAGGGGUGUACAUGGCACAAACAGGAGACCCUGCGGCAGAAGAAUGGUCCCAGUGGAGCGUUUGCUCACUGACCUGUGGGCAAGGAACCCAGGUGCGGACUCGCUCCUGCGUCUCGUCGCCUUACGGGACACUCUGCAGCGGGCUGUUGCGGGAAACCCGGAUAUGCAAUAAUACGGCUACCUGCCCAGUGGAAGGCCAGUGGCUAGACUGGGGGUCGUGGAGCCGCUGCUCCGUGUCGUGCUCCAACGGGACUCAGCAGCGUACCCGCAAAUGCAGCGUCUCCGCUCACGGCUGGGCAGAGUGCAAAGGGGCUCACGCCGACGCCAGGGAGUGCUACAACCCCGAGUGUCCAGUGGACAGCAAGUGGGGCCCCUGGAACCACUGGAGCUUGUGCUCCAAGACGUGCGACACAGGCUGGCAGAGGCGCUUCCGCAUGUGCCAGGGGACGGGCGUGCUGGGCUACCCGUGCGAGGGCAGCGGAGAGGAAGUGAAGACGUGCAACGAGAAGAAAUGCCCAGCCUACCACGAGAUGUGCAAGGACGAGUAUGUUGCAUUCAUGACUUGGAAGAAAGCCGCUGCCGGGGAGACCGUCUAUAACAAAUGCCCGCCCAAUGCCACAGGGUCUGCCAGCCGCCGGUGCCUGCUCAACUCCCAUGGUGUGGCUUACUGGGGCGUGCCCAGCUUUGCACACUGCCUGUCCCACGAGUACAGAUACUUACAUCUCUCACUGCGUGAGCAUCUGGCCAAGGGGCAGCGCAUGCUGGCCGGCGAAGGCAUGUCCCAGGUGGUCCGCAGCCUGCUGGAGCUUGUGGCCCGCAAGACAUACUACAGCGGGGACCUUCUCUUCUCCGUGGAGAUCCUCCGCAACGUCACGGACACUUACAAGAGGGCCACCUAUAUCCCUUCAUCUGACGACGUGCAGCGAUUCUUCCAAGUCAUCAGCUAUAUGGUGGAUGCAGAGAACCGGGACAAGUGGGAGGAUGCUCAGCAGGUUUUGCCUGGCUCUGUCCUCCUCAUGAAGGUAGUGGAAGAUUUCAUCCACUUGGUGGGAGAUGCUCUCAAGGCCUUCCAGAGUUCCCUCAUUGUCACGGACAACUUGGUGAUCAGCAUCCAGCGAGAGCCGGUUUCUGCUGUCUCCAGUGACAUCAAUUUCCCCAUGAAAGGCCGGCGGGGAAUGAAGGAUUGGGCCCGCCACUCCGAAGACAAGAUCUUCAUUCCCAAGGAGGUGCUCAGCCUUUCCUCUUCUGAAAUGGAUGAAUCCUCUUAUUUCGUCAUUGGCGCCAUCUUGUAUCGUACAUUGGGACUAAUCCUGCCCCCUCCCAGAAGCCCCCUGGCUGUCAUGUCCAAAGUUCUCACGGUGACGGUGAAGCCACCAACCAAAGCCAUGGAACCCUUGAUUGUGGUGGAGUUGUCCCAUAUCAUCAACGGCACCUCGCACCCACAUUGUGUGACCUGGGAAUACACCAAAGCAGAGGUUGGCGCUGGGAACUGGGACACUGAAAGCUGCCAGACCGUGGAAACUCUCUCUGCUCACACCAAGUGCCACUGCAGCCAGCUGUCCACCUUCGCAGUGAUUGCCCAGCUGCCCAAGGACCUGGUCAUGGACUCUGGCACGUCCCCCUCAGUCCCACUUAUGAUUGGUUGUGCAGUUUCCUGCAUGGCCUUGUUGACCCUGCUGGUGAUCUACGCUGCUUUUUGGAGGUUUAUCAAAUCGGAGCGCUCCAUCAUCCUCCUGAAUUUCUGCGUCUCCAUCUUGGCUUCCAAUGUGUUGAUCCUUGUGGGACAGUCCCAGAUGCUCAGUAAGGGUGUCUGCACCAUGACUGCUGCUUUCCUCCACUUCUUCUUCCUCUCUUCCUUCUGCUGGGUGCUGACGGAGGCCUGGCAAUCCUACUUGGCUGUCAUUGGCCGGAUCCGGACACGGCUAGUCCGUAAACGCUUCCUCUGCCUCGGAUGGGGGUUGCCGGCCUUGGUGGUUGCCGUCUCCGUUGGCUUUACUCGGACCAAAGGCUAUGGGACGUCCAGCUACUGCUGGCUGUCCCUUGAAGGAGGAUUGCUCUACGCUUUUGUCGGCCCCGCUGCUGUGAUCGUUCUGGUCAACAUGCUGAUUGGAAUCAUUGUCUUCAACAAGCUGAUGUCUCGGGAUGGAAUCUCAGAUAAGUCCAAAAAGCAGCGAGCUGGCUUCAAUAACCCCCCCUGUGGCAGCCUGCUGCUAAAAUGCAGCACGUGUGGGGUGGUCUCCAGCACGGCCCUGCUCUCUUCCACGGCCAACAGCGCCAUGGCAUCGCUGUGGAGCUCCUGCGUGGUCCUGCCCUUGCUGGCGCUCACCUGGAUGUCGGCCGUGCUCGCCAUGACCGACCGGCGCUCCAUCCUCUUCCAGGUCCUCUUCGCCGUCUUCAACUCGGUCCAGGGCUUCGUCAUCAUCACUGUCCACUGCUUUCUGCGCAGAGAGGUGCAAGACGUGGUCAAGUGUCAGAUCGGAGUGUGCAAGAGCGACGAGAAUGAGAACUCUCCCGACUCGUGCAAGAAUGGGCAAGUCCAGAUCAUGACAGAUUUUGAAAAGGAUGUUGACCUGGCGUGUCAGACAGUCCUCUUCAAAGAGGUCAACACCUGCAACCCAGCCACCAUCACGAGCACCUUGUCGCGCAUCUCCCUGGAUGGGGACGAAGAUCCGAAGCUCAACACCAGCUCCGAGGGCGGCCUGGGCUUCUCCACCCUCCCUGGGAAUAUCCCGCCCACCUCCAUCCUCGUCCAGGUGCCCAAAAUGACGCAUAAUGUGGUGAAAGGGCUGAACGAACUCAGCGACCCCCCGGCCAAGAAGGACAUCAACCUGGACGCCAUGCGGGGGCCGGUCUACCUGUGCGGCGAGAGCAACCUGCGGCAAUUGGAGUACGGCUGGCUGCGUCCGCAAGAGGCCACCCUGGAGAGCAACUACAUGGUGCUGCCCCGGAGGACCGUGAGCCUUAAGCCCUUCGCCAGGGAGGAGGGCAAGCUCAACAUCAAGCUGGACGAGGCACCGGGCCUGGCGAAGGGCCGCCACGCAGUGGAGGCCGAGUCCUACCCCAGCUUUGCCUCCGUGGACCACAUCAACGUGAACUUGAACCAGCCCUAUGGGACGGUCAAGCAUCCGUACGGCCUCCAGUUCAAACAGCACCCCACGGUGCGGCAGAUCCUGGCCUCGGAGCUGACGGAGCGUAGCCGCACCAUGCCACGCACAGUGCCCGGAUCCACCAUGAAAGUGGGCUCCCUGGAGAGGAAAAGGCUCCGGUACUCCGACCUGGACUUUGAGUCCGGGGCUUUGAAGAAAGUCAUGCACACCCGAAAGCGCCACUCGGAACUCUACCAUGAGUUGAACCAGAAGUUCCACACGCUGGAUCGGUAUCGGGCCCCAGCGACCAAUGCCGCCAAGAGAGAGAAGCGGUGGAGCGUCUCUUCAGGGAGCGGGGAGAAGAAUAUGCCCAGUCAGGAGAUAACCAGCCCAGAGAGCCGGCAGCAGAAGCAGAAGUCCUGGAGCACGUUCAAGGCCAUGACGCUGAGCUCCCUGCCCUCCAAGCACCGGGAGAAACUGGAGAUGCACUCGGCUGACUGGGAGAAACAUUGCAUGAGCCUGGAUCUGUCCGAGGGGGACUUCCAGACGGAAGUGUGAGCCUCGUGGACUCUGGGAUUUGGCACUCUAGAUAUAUAGAUAUAUAUAUAUAUAUACAUAAAUAUAUAUAUAUUUUCACACGGACACUUUGGAAAAAGAAGGAAAACAAAGCAAAGACAAUUCCUUCCCUUCUGGUGGUUUUAUUGGGUUUUUUGGGCAACCGUGGCCACCCCUGUAGAUGCUUGUUGGGCGGAAGGGGGCAGCAGGAGCUACUGUGCCCUCCCCCCAGCUGUCACAUAGACACGGCCAUGCACACCCCACAGGCACCUGGCCCACUUGGAGAGCAUGAGGGGGGCUCUUUUGUCUCCCCGGACCUCCCCACGCCUCCUGCUGCCCCUCUUCCUUGCAGUGAUUCACCGUCAGGACACAAAAGCGCGCACACAAUCACACGCCGCCGAUGGCUCUCUGAUCCUCGCACCCACAGGACUCGGGCGGUGGGGCAGGGCGCCCCCUCCUGGGUGCAGAGAGCCGAUCUUAACUCUUUUCUAUCUGGACGUUUCUUCACGCCAUGCACUGUGUGCAUGGCCAGCCAGAGGUUUGGGAGAGAAGUCGCUGCCCCGCGUCCCGUCCCCCCCCCCCCCCCGGCCUUCAAGACACUGCUCCUUCCGCCAUUCUUCCCAAUCUUUGGACCCAGGACCCAGGGCAAAAGACUUGGCUUCUUCUCCGCCGCAUCCCACACAGGCUGGAAUCUGAGCCACUCUCCCCCCUGGAGCACCCCGCCCCUCUCUCUCUGCCCCCAUCCCCACUUCUAUCCCAGGCCGGGCAGGCGCUGUGUUUGUUGGAAAUAAAAAUUCACUCUGUGGAUCUUU